GCUCAGAGAUCAAUUGAGUGGCGGGUGCUCCGUUGGGUUUGCAGCUGGGACGCUAGGCGGGCCAGAUCUCCCGAUGACAGGGUGCAGCCCCGUGUCUGCCAUGCAGUACGUUGUGGGUGUGCCCCCUAUACUGGUGCGGAGAGGCCUCCUUGGAAGGGACUUCUUGACGAGCAGGACUCUGUGUAGCCCAGGCCCCAGCCAGCCCAGAGAGAAAAGACCUGUGGAGGUGGUGCUCAGGCUGUACCACCGCCUCUCAAUGCUGGGAAGAGCCCUGGGGCACGGCAUUCAACAGCGAGCAUCCUCCACGGCCAAGACGUGGUGGGACCGAUACGAAGAGUUCGUCGGACUCAAUGAGGUUCGAGAGGCCCAGGGAAACGUGGCUGAGGCAGAGAAAGUGUUCAUGGUGGCUCGAGGGCUUGUCCGCGAGGCUCAGGAGGACUUGGAAGUGCAGCAGGCCAAGCUGAAGGAGGUGAGGGACCGCUUAGACCGCAUCUCCAAAGAGGAUAACCAGUAUCUGGAACUGGCUACUCUGGAGCACAGGAUGCUGCAGGAGGAGAAGAGGCUGCGUGCAGCCUACCUGCGAGCUGAAGACUCCGAGCGAGAAAAGUUCUCCCUCUUCUCUGCGGCGGUGCGGGAGAGUCAUGAAAAGGAGCGCACUCGGGCCGAGAGGACAAAAAAUUGGUCCCUCAUCGGGUCAGUCCUAGGAGCCCUGAUCGGUGUGGCUGGCUCCACCUACGUGAACCGUGUGCGGCUGCAGGAGCUCAAGGCCUUACUCCUGGAAGCACAGAAGGGGCCUGUGAGCCUCCAGGAGGCCAUUCGAGAACAGGCAUCCAGCUACUCCCUCCAGCAGAGUGACCUCCAUGACCUCAUGGCGGACCUAAGGGGCCUAGUCCAAGCUGGGCUGGGGCAGAGCUCUGGGUCCCAGGCAGGUGCCUCCCCAGCCCGAGACAGAGACACAGAUAUCCUUUCAGCUGCCUUGAAAGAUCAGCUCGGCCAUUCCAGGCAGGUCCAUUCCUGUCUAGAGGGUUUACGAGAGCAGCUCGAUGGCCUGGAAAAGACUCUCAGCCAAAUGGCUGGGGUGGUUCAGCUUGCAGAGGCUGCAGACCGAGCUCUGCCUGGCUCCUCGCUGGAGCAGGGGAGUACGGUCUUAGUGCUGUCGGACAUGGAGCAGAAGCUAGAAGCCCAGGUCAACAGGAACACCAUCUACAGCACACUGGUCACCUGUGUGACAAUUGUGGCCACAAUGCCUAUGCUCUACAUGCUCUUCAGGGCCAGCUAGCCCCUGGACCCUACUCCAGAGGGGAGGGGUGUGGAUGUGGAUUUAGUAGAGAACCCAGCAGUGAAGUGAGCCUUUGGGGGCGCACACAACCUCAGCCUGAGUGAGCACGCCCGGUGUGGCUCACCAGCAGGCACACUUUCCAUUUUAGGCAGUGCUCAUUUCUAUUAAUUAUGAAAACUUUGUGCUAAUGUCUAAUUAAAAUGUCUUUGAG